AUGGGGAAUACAUACCAAAUAAUGGGGAGAGCUUUCCAACCACACCAGUUGGCAUUAGCAACUUUGGGGACAGUCUCUUUACUUAUUUUGCCCAGUAACUUUAGUUCAAAGAGUGGAAAAGCUGCUGAAAUAAAGGCCGAUAGUAAGGAAGAAGAAGACUUUAUUAGAAAUUACAUAUCCACACAUAAGGGUAAAGAGAGCAGCUGA